CGCGCGGUGACGCACGCCGAAUCUCUGAUCGAACGACCGCGCGAAUCGCACGGUCGUCGACGAGUCCGCGAACAGUCGCGUGCACUCGAAACCGAGGCGAAGACAAAACCUCGAUCGUCGCAAGAUGGGUGUGUUCACGGAUGCUGAAAUCACGCCGCUCGUCGUCGCGGGCGUGCCGUUCUUGGGCGGCAUCACGGCGUUGAUGAUGGUUGGCGUUCUCAUGAUGCGCGUCAACAAGGCGCCGUCCGGUGAGGGCGCGCAAAUCGCGAUCGCGAACCAAAUCUCCGAAGGCGCGGUGGCGUUUUUGAAGACGGAGUACAAGUACUUGUUGCCGUUCGUCGCCGCGGUCGCGGCGUUCAUCGGUGGCUGGCAAACGAUGCUUUGCUUCUUGGUCGGCGCCGCGCUCUCCGCGGGCGCGGGCUGGGCGGGCAUGAGCGUCGCGACGAAAACCAACGUCAAGACUAUGGAAGCCGCGCGCUCGGGCUUGAACCAAGCGCUCCAAAUCGCGUUCGCCGGUGGUGCCGUCAUGGGCUUCUCCGUCGUCGCAUUCGGUAUUCUCGGUCUGACCGUCCUCUUCUACAUCUUCGCCGUCGCUCAAAGCUCUCCGGGCGCCAGUGGGCAGGAGCUCGACAUGCGUGACGCUAUCCGUUAUCUCUCCGGCUUCGGUUUCGGUGCCUCCUCCAUCGCGCUCUUCGCGCGUGUCGCGGGUGGUAUCUACACCAAGGCUGCUGACGUCGGCGCCGAUCUCGUCGGUAAGGUUGAAGCCAACAUUCCGGAAGAUGACCCUCGCAACCCGGCCACGGUCGCCGACAACGUCGGUGACAACGUCGGUGAUGUCGCCGGUAUGGGUGCUGAUCUUUUCGAAUCCUUCUGCGGCUCCAUCAUCGCGUGCGCCGCGCUUUCCAACAACCUCCGUGAAAUGGCCUUGCCGUUCUGGAUCUCCGGCUUCGGCAUCCUCGCCGCGACCAUCGGCUUCUGGACCGUCUCCACGAAGGAUGACGCUUCCCAAACCGACCUCCUCCACGCCCUCCACCGUGGUGUGUACACCGCCUCUGUCCUCGUGAUUGUCUUCGCCAUUGCCUGCGUUGAGAUCCUCUUCGACGGCAGCAAGCAAGGUUACAGGUACUUUGGCUGCGUCAUCCUUGGUCUCGUCGCCGGUAUUCUCAUCGGCGAAGCCACCGAGUUCUGCACGUCUUACGCGUACGGUCCGGUCAAGUCCAUCACGCACGCCGGUUCCGCCGGUGGUGCUGCGACUGUCAUCAUCCAAGGUCUCGGCAUCGGUAUGAUCUCCGUGUUGCCGCCGACCAUCAUCAUCGUCUCCACCGUCAUCGCGUGCUUUAACGUCGGAGGCUCUGGUAACGAAGGUGUGUACGGUAUCGCCAUCGCUGCGGUUGGCAUGUUGUCCACCCUCGGUGUCACCCUCGCCACUGACGCGUACGGUCCGGUUGCCGAUAACGCCGGUGGCAUCGCUGAAAUGUCUCCGGACGUUCCGGACGAAGUCCGCGAUCGCACUGACAAGCUCGAUGCGCUCGGCAACACCACCGCCGCCACCGGUAAGGGUUUCGCCAUCGGCUCCGCUGUCUUGACCGCGCUUUCUUUGAUGAACGCGUUCGUUAAGGAUGUCCCGUACACCGUCGGAACCAACGAUCGUGCGUUGGGCUCCGCCUUGACGCUCACCGACCCGUACGUGCUCUCCGGCGUCAUCUUCGGCGCCAUGUUGCCGUUCCUCUUCGCCGCCCUCACCAUGCUCUCCGUGCGCAAGGCUGCUGGCGCGAUCAUCGUCGAAGUCCAACGCCAAUUCCGCGACAUUCCGGGUCUCCUUGAAGGCAAGGAAGGUGUCGUGUGCGAUCACAUGGCGUGCGUCACCAUGUGCACGAAGGCGUCCGUCGACGAAAUGUUGAUUCCGGGCAUCCUCGCCGUCAUGACGCCGAUCGCCGUCGGUUUGCUCGUCGGCGCCAAGUGCCUAGGCGGUCUCCUCGCCGGUUCCAUCUCGUCCGGUUUCAUGCUCGCCGUGAUGAUGUCCAACGCCGGUGGCGCUUGGGACAACUCCAAGAAGUACAUCGAAAACGAAAAGGUGUACGGCGGCAAGAAGUCUGACACGCACAAGGCGUGCGUCGUCGGCGACACCGUCGGUGAUCCUUUCAAGGAUACCUCCGGCCCGGCUUUGAACAUCCUCAUCAAGCUCAUGACCAUCUUCUCCUUGACCAUGGCCCCCGUCUUCCGCUCCGACUGGAAGACGUACUGGUACGGUCUCAUCGUGCUCGCCGUCGAGAUCAUCUUCGUCGGCGCCGCGUACCACUACGUCUGGGUGGUCAACGGCGAGAAGUGCGUCCCGCCGGAAGAGAAGAAGUAAGCAGUUAUUCGCACCCCCCAAUCUACAGUCGCCCUGAUUGAUGAUUAUUGACGAGUUAAAUAAAAGCUUAAUAGCGCAGCGGCGAAAUGACCGCGCGCACUAUUAAUACAAACGAAACUAAACACUACUA